AUGCUCACAAAAGUAGCCCCCACCGUCCGCCAGCGCGCGACCUCGCUCCUCCGCACGAUCCAGAACCACUCCGGCGCAUGUCCCUGCCACGCCUGCCAAUCCGGCCACUUCGGCAGCGCGCUCGACGCCGUCCGCAAGCUCGCCUCCGCCCCGCCCCAGAAGGAGUACGCGUUCGAGCUCGCGGCGAGUAACAUUCGCUAUGGAAACGGCGUCACGCGCGAGGUCGGCAUGGACUUUAAGAACUUGGGGGCAAAGAAGGUUGCUGUGUUUACCGAUAAGACUAUCCUCAAUCUCGACCCGAUGAAGAACGCAAUCGCUGCUCUGGAAGCCGAGGGCGUCCAGUACGAAAUCUACAGCGAUGUCCGUGUCGAGCCCAAGGAUGGCGCAGUCAAAGACGCAAUCGCCUGGGCGAAGCGCACCGCACCCGACGCGUACCUGGCCGUUGGAGGUGGCUCGGUGAUGGACACUUGCAAGAUUGCGAGUCUGUACGAAAGCUAUCCCGACGCCGACUUUCUCGACUUUGUCAACGCCCCGCUCGGCAAAGGCCGGCCGAUCGAUAAGAAGUUGAAACCUCUGAUUGCGGUCCCGACCACGGCCGGAACCGGGUCCGAGACGACGGGCACGGCGAUCUUUGACCUCGUGUCGGCAAAGGCCAAGACCGGAAUCGCGCACCGCGCGCUCAAGCCGCUGCUCGGAAUCGUCGACCCGAUCAACACGCGGUCGAUGCCGUCGCAGGUCAAGUCGUCGUCCGGGCUGGACGUGCUGUGCCACUCGCUCGAGUCGUGGACCGCGAUCCCGUACUACGAGCGCGUGCCGCGGCCGACGAACCCGCUCCUCCGUCCGGCGUACCAGGGCGCGAACCCGAUCUCGGACGUGUUUUCGUUCGAGGCGCUGCGGAUGACGGUCAAGUACCUGCCGCGCACGGUCAAGGAUCCCGAGGACACGGAGGCGCAGGAGAAGAUGCUUCUUGCUGCGACCCUCGCGGGUGUCGGGUUUGGCAACGCGGGCGUGCAUCUCUGCCACGGACUGUCGUACCCGAUCUCGGGCAUGAACAAGGGCUACAAGCACGCCGGCUACGCGGUCGACCACCCGAUCAUCCCGCACGGAGUCUCUGUCGCAGUCACUGCGCCGCAGGUCUUCAGGUUCACGGGACCGACCAACCCGGACCGUCAUUUGCAGGCCGCGGAGGUGUUUGGGGCAGAUAUCUCGAACGCAAAGGCGGAGAGCGCGGGCGAGAUCCUGGGCGAAGCGGUGCAGAAGUUCUUGAUCGGGCUGGGCGAUCAGCCGAGGGGUAUUUCCGAUCUCGGGUUUACAAAGGAGGAUAUUCCUGCGUUGGUGGACGGCGCGAUGCCGCAGAACCGGGUGUUGAUGUUGGCGCCGAACUUUCAGCAUGACGAUGAGCGUAAGCGGGAGGAUUUGGCAAAGAUCUUGGAGGCGUCGUUGACUUACUAG